AUGACACAGGAUAGCGACAUAAUCAUUGGGGGAAUGUUCCCCCUGAGUUUGUACGUUAAUGUACCAGACCUUCACUACAGAACAAAACCUAAGGAGUUCAGCUGCACAGGAUUUGAUUUCAGAGCCUUUCGCUGGUUACAGACGAUGAUCUUUACCAUUGAAGAAAUCAACAAGGAGCCGAACAUUUUGCCCAGUAUCACUCUGGGCUAUAAGGUGUAUGACACUUGUAAUAUCAAUGCCCUGAGAGCAGCUAUGUCUUUGCUUAGUGAUGUUGGAGAUGAAGUGCAAAACAGCACGUGCAACGGAGCAGCGUCUGUUCCAGCAAUAAUCGGGGAAGCCGGAUCUCUUCAGUCCAGUAUUAUUGCAAGCUCUACAGGACCGUUCCAGGUUCCCAUUGUCAGUUACUUCUCCACUUGUACCUGCCUGAGUGAAAGACGUAAAUAUCCUACGUUUUUCCGGACAGCGCCCAGCGAUUAUUUUCAGACGAAGGCUUUGGCGCAGCUGGUAAAGCACUUUGGCUGGACUUGGAUUCGAGCUCUUGCUAAUGACGACGAUUACGGGAGAUUUGGGAUCCAGCAAUUCAUCGAACAGGUCACCGAGUUUGGCAUUUACAACGCGGAUAAGAUAUCUCAAAUCGUGGCUGUGAUAAAAAGAUCAUCAGCCAAGGUUAUUGUCGUGUUCAGCCCCGAGAGGGAAAUGCUUCAAUUAGUUCAGGAGAUCGCUAGCCAAAAUGUGACUGGGAUCCACUGGCUUGCUAGUGAAGCCUGGAUCACUGGGGCUGUGCUUUAUACAGAGCAAUUCUUGCCGUAUCUGGAAGGAGCGAUUGGCUUUUCAUUUCGUAGAGCAGAAAUUCCUGGCCUUCGAGAAUUUCUCCUCGGAGUGAAACCUUCCCCAAACGAGGGCAGUAGCUAUGCAAACGUGUUUUGGGAGGAGCUGUUUGCAUGUAAAUUAAAACUGCCUGAAAAUACCACCGAAGGAUCAACUACUAGGGCCCGUUUAUGCACAGGAUCAGAGAGUCUUGAAGGUAUCGACGCCAUAUACUCUGAUACCUCACAGCUCAGAGUAUCGUACAACGUGUACAAAGGCGUUUAUGCCAUUGCCAACGCACUGAAUCGCUUAAGCUUGUGUGAGAGCGGCAAAGGGCCGUUUAUAAACAAUAGCUGUGCAAGUAUACACAACUUUAAACCGUGGCAGCUCCUUCAUUACUUAAAGGAAGUCAGAUUCACCGACCAGUUUGGAGGGGAAAUAGGAUUUGAUGAAAACGGAGAUGCAAUUGCAUCGUACGACAUGAUUAAUUGUCAGAGAGGUAUCAGUGGUAAGGUGGAAUAUGUCCAGGUUGGUCGUUUUGAUUUUCGCAAUCCCAGACAGGAACUUUCUCUGGAUGAACAUUCCAUCGUUUGGACUGGUGGCAAAACUCAGCCCUCUCAAUCUGCGUGCAGGGAAAGCUGCCUCCCUGGAAUGAGAAAAGCGCCUCGAAGCGGCGAGCCUCUUUGUUGCUUUGAUUGUAUGCCAUGUGCUGACGAGGAGAUUAGUAAUGAAACAGAUUCAGUAGAGUGCACAAAAUGUUCUUCAGAUGAUUGGUCAAAUGAUGAGACAAUCAAGUGCAUUCCUAGAGAAGUCGAAUAUCUUUCCUUUGAAGAUGCAACAGGCAUUACAUUGAGCGUAAUUGCGUUGGUGGGAGCUUGUCUAACCGUCGCAGUUAUAGCUAUUUUCUUUCGACACAGAAAUACUCCUAUCGUAAAAGCAAACAAUUCUGAGUUGAGUUUUCUUCUCUUGAGCUCCCUAGUUAUGUGCUUCUUGUGCUCCAUGACAUUUAUUGGCCGGCCAUCUUCCUGGUGCUGUGUAUUGAGGCACACGGCGUUUGCAAUCAUCUUCGUGCUCUGUGUCUCUUGUAUACUCGCUAAAACUGUUGUGGUGCUGAUGGCAUUCAGAGCGACGCUUCGCAACAGCAAUGUGAUGAAAUGGUUUGGUGCCACUCAACAGCGGACUGUCAUCUUUCUCUGUACUAGUGUCCAGGUUGGAAUCUGUGUCAUGUGGCUAGUCAGGUUUCUGCUAUUCCCCAUUAAAAAUACCACUUAUCAAAAUGCUAAAAUCAUCUUAGAAUGUAAUGUUGGCUCAGUGCCAGCUUUCUACAGUGUAUUAGCUUACAUUAGCAUCUUGUCUUGUAUCUGUUUUGUGUUGGCCUUUCUAGCGAGGAAAUUGCCCGACAAGUACAACGAGGCCAAAUUUAUAACCUUCAGCAUGUUGAUUUUUUUCGCAGUAUGGAUAACCUUUAUACCUGUUUACGUCAGCUCACCAGGCAAAUACACAGUCGCAGUGGAGAUCUUUGCAAUUUUGUCUUCAAGCUUUGGGCUGCUUCUGUGUAUUUUUACCCCGAAAUGUUUCAUAAUUCUGCUGAGGCCAGAGAAGAAUACUAAAAGAAUGCUUAUGAAUACAUGUUAA